AUGGUUGCUACCAUCACGAAGUACAAGGCUGCGGCCGUCAACGCCGAGCCUGGCUGGCUCAAUCUGGAAUUGUCUGUCCAGAAGACCAUCCACUGGAUCAACGAGGCGGGCAAGGCGGGCUGCAAACUGGUGGCAUUCCCCGAGCUCUGGAUUCCUGGCUACCCCUACUGGAUGUGGAAGGUCACUUACCAAGAGAGCUUGCCUCUGUUGAAGAAAUACCGCGAGAACAGUCUCGCCUCGGAUUCUCCUGAAAUGCACCGCAUUCGUGCUGCAGCAAAGGAGAAUUCCAUUUUCGUGUCCCUUGGAUACUCCGAAUUGGACCUCAACAGUCUGUACACGACGCAAGUCUUCAUCGAUCCGCAAGGCAAUGUCAUCAACCACCGUCGUAAGAUCCGCGCGACGCAUGUGGAACGCCUCGUCUUUGGGGACGGCACGGGCGACACCACCUCCAUGGUGGUGGACACUGAAAUCGGCCGAAUCGGGCAGUUGAACUGCUGGGAGAACAUGAACCCGUUUUUGAAGUCCUACGCCGUUUCGCUCGGCGAACAGGUCCACGUCGCUGCAUGGCCGCUUUACCCGCACGCCUCCACCCUCACCUACCCGGACCCAUACACCAACAUCAGCGACGCCAAUGCUGACAUUGUGACCCCGGCGUACGCCAUCGAGACAGGCUCGUACACGCUCGCACCCUUCCAGACCAUCUCCGCCGAGGGCGUGAAGUUGCAGACGCCUCCCGGCAAGGAACCUGAAGAUCAUCACGUCUACAACGGCAACACUCGAAUCUACGGACCCGACGGACAGCGCUUGAUUGAGAAGCCUACGGAAGACUUUGAAGGGCUGGUGUUCGUCGACAUCGACCUCAACGAGGCACAGCUCAGCAAAGCGUUGAAUGAUUUCGGCGGGCACUACAUGCGCCCGGACCUCAUCCGUUUGGUGGUCGACACGGACCCGAAGAGUAGUGUGAGCAAGAUCAAUGGCUCCGGCAAGCACGAGAUCGUCAGUACGAUGGAGCGCGUGGGGUUGAACAAGCCAUUGCAGUCCGAGGAGGCUUGA